UGUUUGUACUUGAACUUUUUUUUGUGAACGCAGUAUGUGAUUUUAAAAGUUCCGUAUUGAUUGAACUACAUGUCCCAUAAUUCCGUUCGCCGCACAGGAAGCGCUCGCUCGCACACAGACAGCGGCAACGGUUGCGAGUGGAAGUGAAGAAUUAUAUUCAGAUUGUCAAACAGAAAAAGUGUCAAAUUAUUGCAAUAUUAACGCGUAUAAUCGCUCAUACAAACGCUAUAUCAGUGCUGGAGCGACUGUUCUCAUUGAAUAUUCAUGAGCCGGCGGGACGGUUUAAAUGAACUCCACUCAGUUUUCCCGCUGAUCCAGAGGCUCGUCUGACAGAAGCACCAUGACUCUGGCUCCUAAAGAGCUGUCCAAUCUGCUGGGCAUCAUGUCGGACGACGCCUGCAGCAACAGCUUCGAGCAGCUGUCCACAGCCUUCCACCACUGCUUCGGUAAAGCCGAGCACUUCCGCGUGGGUUCGGUUCUGGUGAUGCUGCUGCAGCAGCCGGACCUGCUGCCCAGUGCUCCUCAGCGGCUGACCGCUCUCUAUCUGCUGUGGGAGAUGUACCGCACCGAGCCGCUGGCCGCUAACCCCUUCGCCGCGGUGUUUGCGCAUCUGCUGAACCCGUCGACCGCCGGAGAGGAGCAGGAGAAGACGCUCUCUGGUUUUCUGCCCCCCAUCACGCUGCCGGAGAAGUUCUUCCUGUCUCAGCUGAUGCUCGCUCCGCCGCGAGAGCUCUUCAAGAAGACGCCGAGACAAGUGUCCAGCAUGGACGUGAGCUCCACACCGCAGACCAUAGACAUCAGCGGCCUGCAGCUGGCGCUCGCCGAGCGUCAGUCGGAGCUGCCCACUCAGAGCAAGGCCAGUUUUCCCAGCAUGCUCAGCGACCCUGACCCAGACUCCUCCAACUCGGGCUUCGACAGCUCCGUGGCCAAUCAGAUCACAGAGUCGCUGGUGACCGGCCCGCGGCCGCCUCUGGAGAGCCACUUCCGGCCCGAGUUCAUCCGGCCCGCGCCGCCGCUGCUGGUGUGUGAGGACGAGCUGUCGUGGCUCAACCCGUGUGAGCCGGAUCACCGGAUACAGUGGGACCGGUCCAUGUGCGUGCGCAACGGCACAGGAGUGGAGAUCAAGCGCAUCAUGGCCAAAGCCUUCAAGAGUCCGCUAUCAGCGGCGCAGCAGACGCAGCUGCUCGGGGAACUGGAGAAGGACCCAAAGCUGGUGUACCACAUCGGUCUGACUCCAGCCAAACUACCGGACCUGGUUGAGAACAACCCUCUGGUGGCCAUCGAGAUGCUCCUGAAGCUGAUGUCCUCCAGCCAGAUCACGGAGUAUUUCUCUGUCCUGGUCAACAUGGACAUGUCGCUGCACUCCAUGGAGGUGGUCAACAGACUAACGACAGCAGUGGAUCUUCCUCCUGAGUUCAUCCAUCUCUACAUCUCCAACUGCAUCUCCACAUGUGAGCAGAUCAAAGACAAAUACAUGCAGAACCGUCUGGUGCGUCUGGUGUGCGUCUUCCUCCAGUCCCUCAUCAGGAAUAAGAUCAUUAAUGUCCAGGAUCUGUUCAUCGAGGUGCAGGCCUUCUGCAUCGAGUUCAGUCGAAUCCGUGAGGCCGCCGGUCUCUUCCGCCUCCUCAAGACUCUGGAUAACGGAGAGACGCCGGCCGAGAGCAAGACGGCCAAAUGAACUCAAGGACUAAAGCUGAGUCUCGCCUCUAUCAAAGCACAUGAGUUUAGCCUUUCACUUCACAGAAGACGCCAGACUCAACGGCGUACACACUUCAUCUGUUUUCUGUUCUCACAUGUACAACAUUAUUGUGGCCUGUUUUGAUCCCAAAUGCCAUAUUUUUUGUCCAUUAAAGUAAAGCUUACUUAUACGUUCUCAGACGACGUGCUUCAGUUUGUGUGUCUGUAAACUCCUCGGCUUCAGCGGCUUCAGGAAAUGCAUUUGUGAUGAGUUUAAAGUGGAUUUAUUUGGCUCCAUUUUACAGAACGUCAUAAUGUUUGUAAUUUCUACACAACGGAAACAAGCCACAAAAACGACAACACAACGGAAAUGUUCCCACUCCCUUUCUUGGAUGUGUUCAAACCGAUUCUAUUUCAGAGGUAAUUGUGUAAUGAAAUUCAAAUUUUGGGCAUUAAUAGUACCAAUUGUUUAUUUUUUUUAACCAUUAGCCAAGUCAUUUAUAUGGCUGUGUGAAUUUAAAGUUUAAAAAGCCUGGUGCAAUAUUAGCUCUUUAGAGUUAGUAAUAUUGUUAGACCAUUAACUCUAAUACAAAGCCCAAAUUUGAGCUUUAAAGCAUUGUUUAUGUGGCCGUGAGAAACAGCGUUAAGAAAUGAAUUCCACAGUAAUAUGUGCAUGUUUAAAAGUCCAUAAAAAACAUUGGUAUGGCAUUGAAAAUUAGGGUUUCGUUAGUCCAUUACAAAUAUUAUAAAGCUUGCAUGUUAGUUUUACCUCUUUUUAGAAGGCAUUGGCUGUUUGCAGUGCAAGUAGCAUAUUUUAGACGCUGUUUCCACUAAUUGAUAACAGAAGUAUUUUAUGGAUGCACUAUUUACAGUGAAAAUAGCAGUAUAUUGUAUUUACACCCAUGUAUUUUCUUUGCAAUAAGUGUAAAUAGUCAUUAGAUGUUAUUUGUAGACUAUAAAUAGUGGCAGAUGCUGUUCAGAUUUGUUGUACAUUAACAGGAUGCAAUAGUAAUGUAGAGUGUAAAUGAUUAUAUUUAUUAAAAAAUAUUAAAUGGAUGCCGUUAUUAGAACAAUAAAGCCCUCCAUACACCAGGCUAUACCCUUAAUCCUGAAAUAGAAACUGCAAGGGUUCAUGAAAAUGUGUUGGAUAUCAAAAUUUGGAGGAAGAGUUAUUAUGGAUCAUGGACUCAAUGUAAUUUAGUUAAAAACGUCUUAAUGCUGGAUUAGUUUCAGCUUGUGUCUUCUCCAGAUGUUAACUGAUGGACUGCAGUGCUGUGGAUUAUUGUGAUGUUUUUAUCAGACUCUGAUUCUGGCGGCACCCAUUCACUGCAGAGCAUCCAUUGGUAAUAAUAGAUUAUUAAAAUCAAAGUUGUAUCUGUUAAUUUGAUUUAAUGGACCUGAGCUAACAGUUAGUUUGUUGCAUUAACUAAUAGGAUCUUAUUGUAAAAUGUUACCUAAUAGUAUGUUAGUAGUAUGAAACGAGCACAAACACUCGAGUUAAAAACUGUUUUUAUUUGCACAUUCACUUCCAUUUGAACCUGUACAUCAGAUUCAGAGACUGACCGUGUGUUUAUUAACAUUUGAAGGCUGAAGUAUCUGAACAAGAAAAGCAAAACUGGGCUGACUCUGUAUUCCAAAUAUGCACACAGUGCUCAAAGACAUAAACAGACAUGACCUUUGACCUUUGCUGUAACACCGGAUAAGCCUGAGGUUAAUGAAGGCAGUGCAUUAUUCAGGGUUUCAGUGAAUAUUCAUGUCAUUUAUAUAUAUUUUGAAUUAAUUGAUUUAUUAUUCAUCUCUGAGUGUCAAGAACUGUUUAUUUAUACUUUCUAUAGAACUUUCUUUCAUUUUCAUGAUAUCUG